UAAAUCAUUCGUUCUUUUAUUGUUUUAUCGCGAUACCCUGUCAUAAGAUUUUUGCUGUUUUUCUUAUCUCAAUUUUAUUUUCUACGUUUUAUAUAUAAACCAAAAGGUAUGGUAAAUCUUGCCGAUACUCUUAUGUUAAAUGCGGUGACGGACGGAGCUAUGAAUUUAUUACGCCAAAUCGGCGUUUUUAAGUCUAAGUCAAUCUCAGCACCUCCAGCUCCAAUCAUAGUGAAAAUGCCGUUGUGGGAGUUAGCGCAGGAGACAGGCCCGUGGGUGCGACUCGCGGGGCUCAGCGGGGCCACAGCCGUGGUCCUAGGGGCCAUGGGUGCACACCGGACCUUUCCCGAGACAGACACCAAAGAGGACCUCAGAAAGAUCUUUGAAACUGCAAAUCGUUUCCAUUUCCUCCACACCCUAGCCCUCGUUACUGUGCCGCUGUGCAGGCGGCCAGUUGUCGCUGGUGCAUUCUUCCUGGCUGGUAUGGGACUUUUCUGUGGAACAUGCUACUAUCACGCUUUCACUGGAGACCGCAGUUUUAGACGGCUCACUCCGAUCGGGGGAUCCUGUCUGAUCCUCGGCUGGAUUGCAAUGGUACUAUAAGCUCAAUUCUCUCAUGUUCAGAGUGUAAUUCUUAGAUAAAGAUGAAAUGGAUUUUAAGUUCAUUCCAGUCUCUUACUAUCAUGUUGUAUCAUGUAGAUGUGACUGUAUGUUUACAUAAUAUAAGUAGUGUUUUAUCAUAAGUGUGAUAUGUAUCAAAUAGCUGUUACAGAAGUAUGUUACAGUUGUAAUUUAUUUUUAUUUAUGAAUAACGAACAAUUUCAAGGACUGGAAGUCAGCUAGCUAUCUUUGAGUUGUUCUUUUAAGUGAUACAAUUUACUCAUGUGUCAAAUAUUUAUACUUAUUUUCACAUGCACAUUAGAAUAUUCAUAUUCUUGUAGUUAAGCUGUAUAAACUAUUGUUUCAAUGUAGUGGUGAAAUACGAAUAUUUUGGUGACAAAGUUGGUGGCAGUUUUGUUUCUAAUACAAUGUUAAUAGUUGUGGAAAA